GGAGGAAAUGUGCUUUUUCUGGUCACCAAUUUCAUCGCUACAGCCAAGCAGGCCCAGGGCACCUGUCCCGAGCUCUUGGCUGAAAGCUCUGAGGUAGCUCCUGAGGCUUCCUCCACUUCGGAGGUGGAGGCGGCGAGGGCCCCAGAGAGCGCAGAGGCGGGCGGGAAGGAUUGCCCCUCGGAGAUCCCUCCCCCUCGCUGGCUGGGGGCUGCCCGGGUGCUGGACAUGGUGGCUGUCUUCUGGAAGCGCUGGGAACGUGCUCGGGGAAACGGGAGCAGCAGCACAGAAACGUGGAGCCCCUCUGUUCUCGAUGCGCUGUGCACGGAGGAUGCAGACUGUCCCGUGGGAAACCCAGUGGUUCGUGGCAACGGGAUCAAAACUGGGAAAUGUGUGAUGUUCAACACCACCCGUUCCACCUGUGAGAUCUAUGGCUGGUGUCCGGUGGAGAACGCCACCCUGCCCAGGAAACCUCUUCUGGCUGAGGCAGAGAAUUUCACUCUUUUUAUAAAAAAUACUGUCCACUUCACCAAAUUUAACUUCUCCAAGUGCAAUACUUUGCAAACCAGUGACCCCACCUAUUUCAAGAGCUGCACGUACGAUCCGGUCUUCAACCCCUCCUGCCCCGUUUUCCGUGUCCGUGACAUGGUGGAGGCAGCUGGAGAGACCUUUGGAGACCUUGCACUGCUGGGGGGGAGCAUUGGAGUUCGCAUCGAGUGGGACUGCGACCUGGACCGCCCCGCUGCCCGCUGCCAGCCGCAGUACUCCUUCAGCCUGCAGGGCAGGAGGUACAAUUUCAGAACCGCCUCCUACUACUGGGACUCCCAGCGGCGGCUCUACCGGAACCUGCUGAAGCUCUACGGCAUCCGCUUCGACAUCUCCGUGCACGGCCAGGCCACGGUGGUCUGUGACCUGGUUCUGCUCUACCUGGAUGCGAAGGCUGACGUCUACUGGAAGGAGAAGUUUGAGGAGGCAAAACCCCCUAAAGGGAAGACUGAGGCUGCAGCUUAG